CCUACUAGUCUGAUGGCGAAGCCUCUGAAGUUCGAUGACGUAGAAACGGUAAUUAUGAAGACCCAUUGGGAUAUGCCGGGACAAAAGUAUUACCUGGAAAUUAGAGACUUUUCUGGAUCCUACUUUCUAAGGCGUGGCUUAAGGAUGAAGUUGAUUACGUUUGGUUAG